UCGGGGAUGGGGAUGUGGGGGUUCAGGCAGGUCAACGCUGUUGACAUCAGACCACCAGCAGUGAGCAACUUGGCAGGGCCGCCCUCGUCCCGCCCCCCCGCCGCCGCCAUUGGCCGCUCGGUGGCCAGCGCCGCCUACUGCGGGCCUGCCAUUGGCCGGGGCGGCUGCCCGUCACGUGCCGGCCCCGCUACUUCCGCGAAGGCGCUGAGCGAGUGCAGGCUGAUUGUGGCGAUAAGGGCAGGAGUGAGCGGGCAAACUUGGCCCCGGCAUCUCCUCCCACCCUCUCCUCCUCCUCCAACCCUCUCUCCCUUCUUCCUCUUCAUCUGGGCAUCUUCCUCUCGACUUGGAGUGGCUGUUGUACAAACUUCAGGGACUCACCGCCCCGGGCGCGGACAGCUCUGGAGAGUGCAUGGAGUUUUAACAAGGAGGGGGGGAAACUGCAGCUUCUGCAAAGUCUCCCGUUAGCGGGAGGGCGAGCGACUUGUCCCGGUGGGAGCGCCGCAAGGAAUUCCUGGGGCAAUAUGCGGACUUUGGGAUUUUCAAAGCUGGCUACAUUUCGCCUUUGCAUGGCUGAGAUUGUGAUUUUUGCCGCCUUACUCUGCAAAGUUGUACAGAGCCGAGGGGUCGCGGGGAUCGGGGAGAGUGCGCAGAGGUUUUCGUCGCUACCUGUGUACCUGCCGGUGAACUUCCGAGUUCAGAAAGCUGCAAGUUCAUUUUUCCUCAAGGAAGCCAACCAGGAAAUCAUGCGCAACUCCAGUCUGCAGUUCCGCAUGGAGCCCUUCUUCAUCAACGAGGCCAAGAACCCUCCGGUGAUCAACGCCAGUUACGGACCUUACACUGUGGAGCAGGUUGUCCCUAGAGCACUCCUGCAACCUUCUGAUACGUUCAGCAUGGUCGAUAAGUUCACCUUCAACUGGAAGAUCAAAGCCAACAUCAUUGAUGAUAAGGUCUACUCUAAUCGGCCGAUAGUGCAGAUCUUGUUUUACAUCACGGGCCGAGACUGGGAUGAUUAUGGCAUCCACGAUAAUCUACCCUGUAUACGGGUGUAUGCUUUUCGGGAAACGAGGGAGGUGAGAAACAGUUGCCGCCUGCAGGGAGACCUUGGGUUAUGCAUUGUGGAACUGGAGCUGCUGCCCUCUUGGUUUAACCCGCCCACCGUGGUGCCGGGUCGCAAGCGGAUAACCGACCAGUCCGAGGGGACGCCGGUGGAGCUUUAUUACUUGGUGCAGGACACGGAUGAGGACGGUGAUUGCGACGCGGAGGAUGUGCGCAAGGGCAACGCCAUCCGGCCUGGGCGCGAGGAUGCUGACGAGACGCUCCACUCCCUGCACCGUAUCGGCAGCGUGCGGCUGCGCCAGGGUUCUGGCGACCCGCUGCGGACUGAGAUGCGGCUGGACAACAACGUCAUCAUCUCCGUCUUGCAGAGGCCCGUCAAGCAAGGCGAGGUUGUCACCUUCCACGUGUCUCUGGCCAGCAGCUCGCCCGUGAACCAGUUCACACUGCGGGCAAAGGCCAAAAAGGGAGUGAACAUUGUUGAUAUAAGACCCAGCAUUCCGACCUUGUGGGAAGUUAAACAGGAGAUGGGAAAUGGUGGGAAGCAUUCCAUCGCAACUGUUGUUUGCCAGAAGAAUCCCGAUGCUUCAACCAACAGAAUUGACGGGGCUUCCUAUGAAAUAAUGCAGAUGGACUUUGAAAUGGAUAACUUCAGCAGUCUGUCGGUGACCCGGCGAAUCAUGUGGCAGGUGGAAUACCCUGGAAAACCCUCGCAGGCCGACCAGGAGAAGGCCGUGUCAGAGCUUCACGUCAGUCAGAGGGACAUCACCAAAAUCGUCCCUCUUGCCAUGAGCACCGAAAUCCUCAACACUGCAAUCCUCACCGGCAAAACGGUGGCUGUUCCCGUCAAAGUCAUAGUGGUGGAGGAGGACAGCACCGUGACGGACGUGUCGGAGUUUGUGGCGUGCAAAUCAUCCGACCCAAACGUGCUGAAGGUUUCCGACAGAUGCGACUACAUCCUAGUGAACGGAAAGGAGAUGCGGGGCAAAGUGAACGCAGUCGUCAAUUUUACGUACGAGCAUCUGAGCGCACCGCUGGAAGUCACGGUGUGGGUACCUCGUCUCCCCCUGCAGAUUGAGGUCUCUGACACUGAGCUCAGCCAGAUCAAAGGGUGGCGAGUCCCCAUCGUCUCCAGUAAAAGGCCGACACGGGAUAGCGAAGAUGAAGAUGAUGACGAGAAGAAAGGGAGAGGGUGCACCCUUCAGUAUCAGCGUGCCAUGGUGAGGGUCCUCACACAGUUUGUGGCAGAGACCUUGGACCCGGGUGGGCAGCUGGUCUACAUGCUGGGCAACGACUGGCAGGCCGACAUCACAGACCUGGUCACCGACUUCCUGAAAAUGGACAAUCCACGCAUCGCAAAGCUGGAGGGCGGGAGGAUCCUGAGCGGACAGGAGCUCGGAAUGGCCACCAUUCAGGUUCUGUCGCCGCUGUCUGACUCUAUCCUGGCCGAAAGAACAAUAACGGUCAUCGAUGAGAAGGUGACGGUCACUGACCUCGGGAUUCAGGUCGUGGCGGGACUUUCCCUUUCCUUCCAACUGAGUCCCGGCAGCAACCGUAUCAUCACUGCCAUGGCAACCGCAAAAGAGCAGCUUCACACCGCAAAGCAGGAGGCAAUAAUCAGUGGUUGGAUUCAGUUCAGUGACAACAGUUUGACUCCCCUGGAUAUUUACGAUCCCAAGGACUAUACUCUCACUGUCUCUUCAAGGGAAGAGGCCGUCAUCUCAACGUACCAGGACCUGCAGUUACAGUGGCCGAUUGUCACGGUGGAGGGAGAGGGCCAGGGGAAUCUGCUGAAGGUGGAAUUGGUCAUCUGCGAAAUCUGCCAGAAGUCCAAGCGGAAGAGCAUCCUGGCGAUCGGCAACAGCAACAUCGAGGUCAAGUUCGGUCAGAAUAACGCGGGCCCCAAGAGCGGCGUCGAGGAAGAUGUGGAGAACCGGGCGAGUGACCGGAGGCAGAAGAACGCGGAGGCGGAGACGACGGGGCAGAACGGGCGGUACUUCAGCAGCGCCACCGCGGACCGUGAGGAGGGCUCGGUGAGGCCGGCCGAACCCACCGUCAAAGCUGCGGGCAAGGGGGGCAACGCGGGCGGUGCGGAGCAGGAAGGCGGCGACCAACAACUGCAAAACAUCCCCCUGGACGCCGCCAACUUCCCUUCGCACGACCUGACCAGGGUGUCUGGGGACAGCGAGAGUCUAGACGAGAACGACCUGGUGCAGGCGCCCAGGGGUCUGACUGACCUGGAGAUCGGGAUGUACGCUCUGCUGGGCGUCUUCUGCCUGGCCAUCCUCGUCUUCCUCAUCAACUGCGUCAUGUUCGCCCUGAAGUACCGGCACAAGCGGAUCCCCACCUCGGAGGCGCAGGGGACCAUGAACCACUCCCACGACUGGGUCUGGCUGGGCAACGAGACGGAGCUGCUGGAGAACACGGGAGACAUCUCCCCGCGGCAGCUGUGCCAGCACACGACGGCCAUCGACAGGGCGGCGGCCUUCGAGGAGAGCAACCAUCUGCUCAACGGAGGCGGCGGCCAGAAGAACAUCCAGGGCCAGGUGCACAGGUCGGCCCUCUGCAGCGAAGGCAAGGACCACAAGGACGAACCUUUGAACUCUCCCACCACAAAACGAAAACGGGUAAAGUUCACAACAUUUACCACCAUACCCCCCGACGAGGGAUGCCCCGCACCAAGUUCUGUCCUUCUGGGCAACGAGGAAGACAUUAAGUGGGUUUGCCAGGACAUGGGCUUGGGGGACUCGCACGAACUCAGAAACUAUAUGGAGAGAAUACACGACAAGGUGUAGUCACCGUGUCAAAGGUCCAGUCUGUUUUCAUUCUUUGCUCACCUUUAUGCCUUCAGUUUUGAGUGAUUGUGCGGGAAGUCCAGUCGGGAAUGGGACCAGUUUGUUUGUGAGAAUUUUAAAAACACUGGAAAGCAAAGCACAGGACUACACUGGUAUCAGACAAAUCAGCAGUGGCGUCCACCAAAAGUCAACAUCCACGGGAGAUGGGGCCACAUUUGGGGUGGACAAGGAUAAAUAAAGACGAGGCGGACACAGGAAGGAAGGAAGGAAGGAAGGAGAGGAAUGGGCGUUGACACAACACAGCAAAGGAGACUCUGAAUGCAGCAAAUGUUAAGAAACACACACGUGGAGGCCAGAAGUGCUGGUGGGAAGAAUAAAUGCCAGAUUAACCUGCAAUGGGGGGGCAGUGAAGAGAGAAAUGCGCCGCAUUGAACUGGAUAAAUAUCGCAAAUGGACACUCCUGUUCAGCGACGCAUUCUUGAAAGGGUUGGACUGUGUGGAAGAAGCACUUCUGAUUAGAUGACACUAAGACAGUAGUCCAUGGGAGCUGGCUCUUAACACAAAUGUCUUAUUUACCAGCUCCAAACGUAAUCAUUUUAUAUGAUUUGUUAAUUUUGGACUUCAGUUGUAAUCUCAAAUCUUGAACUUUAUGCUCUGUGUAAAAUUUAUUUUAAGUCUUGUUUAUAUUUAGACUCUUACGUUUCCCACGUUAUUAUUUAUGGUGCAGUAAUAAGUCGUACCCACCUUUAUAACUUAGGUGAAAUAUUUUAACAAAGUAUACCUAGAAUGCAUUGUAGAUUACUAGAAUGUAAAAUUUAUUUAUAAAUAUUAUACACAUUGUAAAUAAAAGUUGCUUAAGAUAGCUUGAAAAUCUA